UCACCACCCCACGAUGCAAGUCGAUGAAAAGCGGGAGCUCGAGACAAGCAAACCCGCCGAUUUCUCCUUCAAAAAAUUGAAAGUUCUCGAACCGGCAGGGCCGGAGCAGGCCCGAGCGUCGCGGCUCGGCGGGAUACCCGAGCGCGGAUCCGCACAUAAAAAGUUCCUGACCCGGUCGGUAUGGCUCAACAACAAUAAACUGAAAAAUAUUCGCAAUUUCGACAACUUCGUCGACUCGAUCUUGGAGUUCCCGGAGCAGUUGGGGUGGAUCGAUUUUUCGUUUAACCAAAUCACGGAAAUAAACGACACGAUUUUGAAAUUUGCGGACUUGAGGAUUGUUUAUUUUCAUGGGAAUUGUAUCGAGAAUAUCGACCAGGUGUUGAAGCUGAAAAAUUUGAAGUUGUUGAAGACGGUGACGUUCCAUGGGAAUCCGAUAACCAAUUUGCCGUAUUACAGAAAUUAUGUAAUUGCUGCUUUGCCACAGAUCGAUAACUUAGACUUUACUCCAGUGUUGAAAAAUGAGAAAAAUACCCCACGUCCCGCCGAAUUUUUGAAAGAUAUUCGUGUCUCUAAAACCAAAGAGGCUUCCAAAGGUGAAAACUGAUAUUUUUAUAUUUUUACCGCACUUCGUAUUAUAUAUAUUUUUUGUACAUGGUUGGUACGUAUAAG